GACUAUUCCAACUACGCCACCUGCACCAACCCCAAACUCUCCUUCCUACACCACCCACCAUGCCCGCAUUAGACGUCCCUUCAGCCCUCGCGCGGGUGGAGUCUUCCACGGCAGCCGACAAGUCUGCUGGCUACAACGAGCUCCUCCAAGCAAUCCUCACGACGUCCACCCCAGACACAUUAGCAGCCAAUCUUAUCACCUACGUCAGAUCACUUCUCGGAGAUUCCCUAGGCAUAGUCGCCUCCCGUCCACUUCUCGCCGCCUUCGUCGACCAGUUCCGUCGUGUAGAGGAUCCAGAUGUCAAAAUCGAAGUGGGGCAGAAAGUGCUCGAGCUACUCGCGCCCAAAGUAGUUUCGUACGAAGAGCAGGACACUCAAAUCAAGGAGAUACUAGCGGAUGCGUACGAAACCCAGGAGGACUUCCGGAGCUCUGCGCAGAUCCUGCAGAGGAUAACGCUCGACUCGUCCCAGCGCGCGGUGUCGGACGACGACAAGGCGAAGGUGUGGAUUCGGAUCGUGCGGUGCUAUCUAGAGGAGGACGACCCGACGAAUGCGUUUGGCUAUAUCAAUCGCGUUAAGAAUGUUCUCUUUGGAGUGCACGACAAGGAAACCAGGUUGCAAUUCCAACUUAGUCGGGCCAGGAUCCUCGACUCUCAGCGCAGCUUCCUUGAAGCUAGCCAGGCCUACCAGAACCUGAGUUUCGAGACCAUCAUCGACGAGGAUGAGCGGUUGCGAGCUCUAUCUGCAGCCAUCGUGUGUGCUGUUCUCGCGCCUGCUGGUCCCCAGCGUGGCCGGACACUAGCAAGACUGUACAAAGACGACCGGGCGUCGCAGGUCGAGGAGUUUGGCAUUCUGGAGAAGAUAUUCUUCGAUAGGCUGCUGUCUCCCAAAGAAGUCAAGACAUUCGCUGAGAAGCUGUCGCCUCAUCAACUGGCGAAAACUUCGGACGGUUCAACGGUUCUAGACAAAGCCGUGUUGGAGCACAAUCUUCUCGGUGCUUCACGGCUCUACAACAACAUCGGGCUUGACCAACUGGGGGAGUUACUUGGUGUGGAUGCCGAACGGGCUGAGACAUAUGCUGCACAAAUGAUAGAACAAGGGCGGCUGGCUGGCCACAUUGACCAGAUUGACCGAUUCAUCUUCUUCGAGGGCGAAGGUAGUGGAGAGAGGAAGACUGGUCACGCGGAGAGGGUUGUUGGUAGAGAACUGAGGAAAUGGGAUGCGAAUGUUCAAAGUCUGUCAGAGGAGGUGGAGAAGGUGACGACUAUGAUACAGACGCAGUAUCCUGACUACUAUGCAGCUCACAUGGUACAUUGAGGCGCAGGCUUUCAGAGAAUGCAAAUAUAUCAUGGCGACAUACGUUAUGUGACGUUAGUUGGUCCGGCUGGCUCUGAAGGUAGGCAAGGUCCCAGGUAUUCUUCCACAGCCUUCGCUGGUUUCAAGAAAGAAAUGGACAGCAGGAUUUGCGGAGCAUCUCGAAGGUGCACCUCAAUCUUGACGCCGAUAUACCCGUUAGUAGAGUAAUAGAUUCCGGUCCAAAGAGACCGGAGAGACCUUUAUAUACAUGAAUCAGAAACCUGACCAAUGUUGCCCGUCACAAUAUCCCUUGACAUAGAUUAUACAAUUGAUGCGUUCGACGUCUCUGACUCUCCCUAUGGCUCUUCCACCUCUCCCACAUCCUUAACAUCCACCUCCAUAACCCUCAAAACCGUAUACCGAUGUUUGC